AUGGAGGACGUUACCGCGCAUUCCUUUCGGAUGGUGUGGCCAAGUCUGUUUGUCCUGUCGAAUGCCACUUCGCAGCCACGCCAGAGUGCCACGUCCGGCCUCGUUGUGGUCUCCUCCGGCUGCAGUGGUAACUCGCGGCUAGCCGAGUCUGGUGCCGGCGUUGUGGCACAUAGUUCCACCUAGUGGCGCAUUCUGCAGGACUCAGCCAUUUGGGCCAGUUCGAAGGACCGAACAGCUUUUUUCUGUGACAAGCGCGCAGUCGCAACAUUCAUGAAUCAUGGUUUUUCAUUCAGUAGUUCAUCUACAAAAAGGCCCUCUUCAUUAAAUCUAGCCAUUUGGCCUCGUCUGGACAGACUACUUGCACAUAUGGCAAGCAAAAAGCUAGACACUGUCCAGGAAAACAAUCUCAUGAAAACGGGUGGCCGGCAACCAAUACCGGAAACAAUGAGUCGGAAGCUAAUUACACAAGCAUUGCCAGCCAACGCAGUUACUAAUUGUAUGUUUAGUUCUAUGACUACCGAAAGGCAUCUUGAUUGCCCGCGACCCACAGCCAUCGCGAGAGUUUCGAAUCUUCUUUUAGCGUGCACAACUAAUUUCACCGACUGUUUUCUGUUACCGCAAUUGUGGUCUGGAAUAAGUUGCCAAUCGGCGUAAAGAUUAUAAAAAUAGUUAUUUGGCUGUUAGAACUCUAUCUCUACUUCCUUAUCUAGAGCAACUUACAAAGCCUCUGGGCGCUGAAUCUUUAGCUUUAGAUCAGUGUUUGUACUCAGAUUUCAACAAUAACCAGACCGAAUACCUAAUGGUAAGACGAUAAAACGAUCAUCAGAAGGAGGGAUUUAUGCGAAAUGAAAACUUGAGUUGCUGUGUAGGAAAGCAUUGACUACUAACGAGGCCAUCGGAUGUGCACACGAUGGUAGGUGCUAUCUGAGAAAGGGAGAGAAUGAGGCAUGAGGAGGUAUCUGCCUUUGCAGGUUGGUGAGGAAUAUGUUCAACUGCUGUUCAGUCGGUGUGUCGCAUAAGCUAAUAGGUGGUGGAUCUAGUGACCGAGGUUGAACGAAUACUGCCCACCAUCUCCUUUUUUGUGGACGAGUGCAUGCUCAACAUCGCGACAGAAGCAGACAUACAAGGCAGAAUAAAUCUCUUUGCCUCUUUCUGUUAAUGGGAUAGGCACGUAGAGCGCUGGCCACUUCUUGAUUGUUGGUCGUAUGAAUCAUUCCUGAAUAGGAUGAAACAAUGGAAUUUAUCCCUUAUGAGUGUAGGAGAAGAGUAGAGAUUAUACUCCAGUGCAAAUGAUGCUGUGGCCUUUGCGGCUUUUUCCAUUUACGGACGAAGAAAGGAUUAGCAUCAUGAUCGAAAAAUAACAGAAAGAGACUGGAGAGAUUUAACAUUUUUAAUGUCUCUGGGGUGGUCAAGAUGAUGCAGUUUAUUAACCAUCUGUUCUAAUGUUUAUUUCCACUAUUCAGUUCUAUUCCAGAGUACUGCUUUGAUUGGUUUAUAUCUGAAAUUAGGACAGGUCCUUUUUAAUGAGUGCUGAUGUAUCCUUGUAAGGCCAUGAGGAUUUAACUCCUAGAAAGAUUCCAAGCAAUUUCUGCUACACAACCUCUUAGUUAAAUGCAUGAACUUCUGUUUUUGUGGAUAUCGUUGUGGAGACUUGCGCUCGAUAAGUCCUACAACUUCCUACGGCACUCAUCGACCGCAGUCUACGAAAUUGUGAAUCCUCCGUAAACCCACCAUAGCUUGUCUCCGUCCCUAAUGCUUUAGUGCGAAAGCCUUUUAACCCAAUUCAAAGCUAUUUGUUUAGUUUUAAUCGCAUCUGAGCUUGUCUUAUUCAUAAGCUAAACCGCCAUUUGGAAAAUAAGCAUUCAUCUGUUGGCUUUGUUUAAAUCAAUGUAGUUCACCGUCAAGGCCAAUCCAAAAUCAGCGGCCAUUGUGUGCGAAUAAUUCGUUAAAUCGGCCAGUCUAGGUUCCUUGUUUGCUUUCAAAUGUUAAAUAACCCGUUAUUGAUGGAUUUUUGCCUUUACUUCGAUUGCUGGUGCCUAGUUUUCAAAGCCAGCGUAAGGUUGUCGAAGGUCAUUCUGGAAGGUCGCUCUGUAGGACACCGCAAGCGGGCGGGACGAUUUCGUCGACUGACCUUGGCAAAAUAUCGAAGUCAUUUUAUCGUAUUUUAUCGAGUUUUUGCCUCAAAUAUGUCAGCUCCUGUGGCGAAACAUACAUUUCGCUGCCUACUGGUUCCAUUUAGUCAGUUUUGUUCCCGUGUAUGUCACGACAAAUUUGAGGUGCUUUCUGUAUAACUUGUUGGCGUUGUAACAUUUCCGGCUCGCCUACUGGAGUUUUGCGCGCAUGUGGCCCUCGUUUUUAUCGUUUUGUGACCUUAUAUAUAUGGCUGCACGGUCUUUUGUGAUUUGGACCAGGACUGAAGCCCAACGGUCAUGACCGUUGUCAACGUAUGUUGCUGCAUGACAUCGCUCUAAGCCAGCCCUUCAAAGAAUGACUUGAGUGAAGUUCUGACUGGCAACCGAAGCAGAUUAAAUAAGCCGCAACGGGUUAGCACCUUACAAGACUAGUUGGACCUGAUUUUGCAUGGACUUCUGUUAUGCAACGAGGCUAAACUUUAAAUAGCCUUUCGGUAACGUGAUCGAUUUUGGACCUUUCUGCGUCUUACUUCUUCUGCUGUGAUUGGUUUUCUCUUAAAAGCGACUUUUUUAUGCUCGUUCCUUUUGCUCUUGUUUUUCCGGUUAAUACAAUUCAUACUGUUUCUUACGUUGCAGGCAUCAGCCGGCGGAUUACAAUGUCAGACUCUCCUCAUUUCACUCAGGGUAAUGAUGGAGUCACCUUUCAUGUUUCUACCGAAGCAGCAUUUGCGGCCGACUCUGCCAAUGAAGACCAGCGCCCUUCAGACUCGCCACCUAAAAAUGGUGACAGUCUUGAAAGUUACGAACAGAAGGGUUCCCAAUCUUCAUCAAGUACCACUCACCUGACUAUCCAAUUGUCUGAGGAUGCUGAGGGAAGUUCCCUGAGUCAGCAAAAGUUACAGGAGUUGAUAAUGCAGCUCUCUCGAUCGGGACAAUUGCAAUUAAAGGAAGAAAGCAAGAUUAUAAUAGAAGUGAGUUUAAUUACCUUGUGCUUUUUUAUCUGUACCAUUCGAAGUUAAAGUACAGCAUUUGGUUUUCCUCGUUGACUUUCGUUUUGGGAUCUCAACCAAUAACUCCAACGUGACUAUUCCAAGGUCUGCCGAUUUGCACCUCGGUGUGCGCCCCCCUCGUGUUUACAUUUUUGAACCGGACUUUGAUUUUCGAGAGCCUCGGUCAACGUUUGUUAUGUACUGCUUGAUAAACACUGAUAUCCAGAAAGGAGGAAUUUAAUCUAUCUAUUAAUAAAUUCUACGUCAGCAUUGGGACCAGUCCUAAUGCGAGUUUUGUCCGCCUUAUUUCCUUAGAUUCAUAAGUACCCUCAUAAUUUUGCUCCACAUUCAUUUUGAAAAUGUGCAUAUUUCCCUCUGUCUCGUACUUUCGCCUUUUACUCACGAUCACCGUGUAUAGGCCAUUUUCUCGAGAAAUUUCAUAGCCCGUGUCUUUUUCCCCUUAGGUCAAAGGAGGUCAGAAAACUGCGGAAUCUAAGCAACCUAAAUCUCGAGUUGCUGAUCAAGUGAUUGAGUCGGACACCAAGUCUCGUGGUUCUGAUACGCUCGAUCCCGAGACUGAUCAGUCCUCCAACUCUGUGGUAUGUGACGAUUAGUUGUUUUCUACGCCCUCACUCUGUCUCAUCGUUUGGUUGUCCUCCACCUGGAGUAUUCUUUGUGUUCACUCACUUUAUAGACGCCACAGGCCUCCAGCACUGCUACCGCGGCAAAUCACGGCGUGACCUCAUCGACGCUGCCCCCGGUCUCCAAAGUUGUCGUCACACCCUACCAACAGCAAUUGCAGACGACAGUUUCGGCUGCCAACUCUUAUCAGACCAGCACCAAAGUCGUAAGCUCGGGAACUGCCGGUGGCCCCGUGCCUUUGCAACCUUACCAACUGCAGUCAAAUCAGCAAGCCCCUACAUACAUUAUUAUCCCGACAAGACAACUGGGAGGCAAUCAGCUGAAUAUUUCGCCCAGCCAGAGCGGAAUAGCCACUACAGAUACAGCCUCUUCGUCCUCCCUCCGUGUGCUAACACAACCUGGUCAGCGUGAGUAUCUUUUUUUAAACGUACUGCUGCUAUUCCUUUUUUUUUCUUAAACGUCCUCGAGAUGUCUCUUGUAGGCAGACGGAGUUCAUUACAAAAUGUAUUGCCCAUUUGCAUCAUAAUACACGAGGUCGGCAGCGCAUGUGCCAGGUCAUUCGGAAGCAUACUUCCUAAGAAAUUUGCGAUUUGUUGCUGUUGAUCAUGUUCGUCGGGGUCUCCUAAACCUGGCACUCUCUUGAUGGCCUUUCGUGAUUCGCCUCUCUGAAGUCCCUCCACACGCGGUAGAUUAGCUUUUUGCGGCAAGUUGGUUUAUACCCACGCAGAUGCUCUUGUGAGCAGUGAAUGACGUAUCAUAGCCUGGCCCUGAAGUAUAACAAUUCUGCCUGCGUCUGCCGAGUGUCUUUGCUGUUUCCGGACUGUGUCGUCAAGCAGUUGCCGAUGAAGGCGUGUCGUUUUUUAUAUUGAGGACGGCGUCGUCGGUACAGACAGUGUUUCGUGAGUUGGCAACCUGGACAAAAAAAUAUUCUGCGGCUUUUGCCGACUCCGUUCACUUCCAAGGCCUACUGUUAAUGUUCAAGUAACUGCAAAGCUGGACUAGUCACAUCUUAAGUCGACUAGAAGUUUUAUCUUCGGGACUGGCUCCAGCUUAUUUUAUUCUCAUUAAUGUUCGGCACCAUUUCAUUACUUCUGACCCUGUAUACCAUAAGUCGAGCCCAGUUGUGGGACGAAAUAAGGAUACCAUGCGAUGACACAAAUUAGGAGGUCGAUAUGUCUGACCCAUCCGUAAAAUGGAGCUGAGCCACCUGCUCGGAUGGAGUAUGCACUCUUAUUUCAUUUUAAGUUCGGCGCCACGUCUUAACACACUAGGCGGCGCCAUGAAACAAAUACAUUUUUCGCCCUUCUCAGUCCUAACCUUCUUUUCACAAUCUUUUCCCGUCCAUCACUGACGUUUUAUUAACAGCACACAGCAAUCAGUUAAACUGAUCGAGACUCUGCCGCUCUCAGUAGCUGAUUAUUGGGUUGUCGGUGUCGUAACCUGCUGUCCCACCGAUCUCGAGGGGCCAAGGGUUAAAGUUGGCUUUUAAUGACUUCCAAACUGCAAACUUUUUAAGCUGCCCCUUCAUUGUCUGACUGAUCGACGGACUUGUUGUGUUUCCGCAAUAUUUCUUAAUAAUGACCCCCCACGCCCGUCCUUAUUUUGGAUUCGUCUACAUUCUCGAAGUCUGUUACUGAGGAGCGGAGAGAAAAUACUUGCUCCCCAUUCACUUCACGGUUGUGUGCAAAACGUAUCGAAUCUUUUUUCAUACUGCGGUUUCGAGACAGCCUGCCUUCUUUCAUUCGUCUCCUUUCAUCUGACGCGUCUUCGGGGGCGCACUCAACGGCAGCCUACGCGUUAAUAUGUGCACACCUACCCUCACUUAAUUAAGUUUCAUUUACAUCUCCACUCUUGAAUUGUGUGCGUUAGAGAAUAUUGCAGACGUAGCUCCGUUAUUCGACGCUUGUUUUCAUGGUAUUUUUUUAAUUUUUGUGUUAAAUUGUGACAUUUGUCUUCAUUGGCGGGAAUAAUUCUUCGUCCUUUGAUUCCUGUCUUAGCGUCGGUAUAUUUCACGCAGAGGACCUUCUGGAGAACUGAUUUAACGUAAUAUUAUCUGCAAGACGCCAAAACCCAGAUUCUGCUCUACAUUUCCUUUCUUCCAGUUGCGACUUAGAAGUUUUUUAAGUAAGUCCCCCAGUUCCGAACGUCAGACAGCUGGUGGUUUUCCCCUGCUUCUCUCUAAGUUGGAGGGUCCUUAUGUUUGCAAGACAACAGAACACGGGAUUCACUAGCUUGCCACGCUAUCAGUCAUCCACGCCGAUUCAUUGUUUAUCAAGACGUCUGCUCUGCAGUCCACCUGUGCGGCAAUUGGCUCUAAUAAGCUUUGGUCCGUUUAUCGGGGAGCAAACUGCCUUGCCGUGCACGUGGCCUUAAAGAAUUUUCCUGGAGCUAUCAUGUUACCUUUGCGUUUGUAAGACCUACGUGCCUAAUACACUCCUGUUAUGGUAGUGGACGCUCACGAAUCGUUCUUACGAAACUCACUCAGUCCGUUGUGCCUUACGGGCUCUCUUUCCCGAGCCCAACCAGCAGCCGCACAGCUGCGCAUGAUAUAGGCAGUAUGUUAUUUCGGGAUGUACUCAUGAGUGUCAGUCAUCACCGACACUCUGGGUUUUGUUUCAAAUCAUAACGGCCCCAACCAUCGCUCAAGUCGACGACUCGACGAGGUGAAGGCAUGGAUCGUCUACGUCAACCAAAUCAAGAAAAUUCCCAUGUUACGCCUGGAAGUCAAUUGACUUUCGAGCCAAAGAACUCAUUCACUUGUACCUCGGAUUUACCCAGAGAAUGCCAAAGCCGAGAUGACAGAAUAAGAUAUCCGACAGAAGUCCUGGAACGAGUCGGAAUCCUCCUCCUCAUUAUACACACACACCGACAUACCGACAAAGGCACAACAGAACGAGCAUGUUCUGUAACCUGAUCGGUGAGCGCCCAUCUGUCAUAAAUAAAUAUGUAUAUAUAUAUAUAUACAUACAUAUAUAUAUAUAUAUAUAUAUAUAUGAGAUGAUACCGACAAAGACAAGGCAGACCAAAAUGGCCAUUUCUGACAUAUUUGCUGCCAUCAGCCAGUCAUACCAAACCCCAAGUAUGAACCACUUUGGAUUCGAACCCGGGAUCUUUAGUCAUGGAGUUUGACACUACCAUUGGUUGAUGACGGCUAAUAAGCCAGAAAUGUCCAUUUCGGUCUCCUUUGCCUUUAUUGGUAUCAUCUCAUUUACUUCUACUACUACUAGUCGCUGUGCGACUGCCUGCGACGGUUCUAGUAUAAGCCCCAAGGCACAACGAAACGAGCGUGUUCCGUAACCUGAUCGGUGUGCGCCCAUCUGUCACUAUAUUUGAAAACAGAUAUCCCAAUAAACAUAAUUCGGAAGAAAUAAUUUAUUUGGGAAAUUUUAUUGUAACUUUUCGACUUUGGUUCCUCGAGUCGUCCUCAGACGUGAAGUAAGUGUGCAAAACAGUUAGCAUUUAAACAUGCCUAAAAAUUGAUUUUACCCUGUUCUGUUUGGCCAACGCAUUUUCCACGUUCCUUGAGGUUGUUGUAGACAGCAUCCAAUUCUACGUGUCGAUUGAUGCAUAAGUUAUCAGAAUGAAUGGCCUCUGAAAAUUCGCUGCCUUUCUUAGAUGAGCAGACACCUACAAUGCGAGUCUUGUCCUUGGCGAAUUUGUGCCCAGUUCCCAGCGCAUUCAUGGCAACUUGGGACAAGUGGUCUCGCCUUUUUACGGCCAGUUGAUGUUCAUGUAUUCGUGUAGAGGCCUAUUCCCACUUUGACCACAGUAAACCGCAUCACAGGUGUCGCAUGGUAUCUUAUAGACGACUUCCUUCUUAUCUAACUAGCCAAUCCUAUCCCUAGGGUGUACAAGCUGGUUACGAAGUGUAGUCGUCGGCUUGUGCGACACAUGUAUGUGGUGCUUCCUCGGAUAUCUUUCAAUUAGCUCGGACACGUUCUUAAUGUACGGAAGUUUUCGCCAGUUUUUUGGCUUGGGUGCCUGAUCGGAACAAUCUAGUUCUUUUGCCCUUCUCGUUUAACUCCUGUCGUCUCAUGCAUCGGUGUACAAAAUAUCUGGGAAAACAGUUUAAAGAAAUAAUUCAGUUCUGUAUGGUAGGUUUCGUUGUCAGAGCAGUGAGUUCUUGCUCGAUUAAGGAGGCUGUUCACGGCACUCCGUUUUGUGAGAGACCGGGUGAUUUUUCUCGUAAUUUAAAGGAAUUUCCACGUAGGUUUCCUUGAGGCAAACUGAAGUGUAAAAUGUCCCGUCAGGCUUUCUCUUUAAGAGGGCAUCAGGAAACGGGAGUUUGUUGUUAGCCUCGUUCUCGAGUGUGAAUGCGAUUCCUGGAAGUGUUGAUUUAAAAAUGUUGUGGAGUAUUUCCAGUUGAUCACUUAACAAUGACAAACGUGUCAUCAACAUAACGUACCUAUAAUUUGGGGUUAGCCGACGGUAAGGCGAUAGCCUCUAAUUUUUGCAUCGUGACUUCUGUGGGGAGCCAGAGAUGGAUGAUCCCAUAGGGGCUCACUUCAGCGUUCUAACAAGGCAGAUACAUGGAUAUCCAUGUCGUAGUACUGGAGACUUUCCCCUGUAUAUUGUCUCGCUAAAUCCAGUGGUAUGGAAGUUAACAAUAAGACGAUAUCGAAGGAUACCAUUAUUUCAUUUGCUGCGAUUCUCGGUCCAUGUAGUUUGUCCAGAAAAUCUAUUGAAUUAUUGACUGAUGUUUCACAAUCCUUUGUCAAAGGAUAGUUUGUGGAAUAGCCAUUUAAAAAUAUUGUAACUAGUUGCACCGAUUAACGAUACUAUCGGUCGCAGUGGUACUUCAGGUUUGUGAACCUUAGGUAGUCCAUAGAUCUUAGCAAUGGCUGGUUUAGUUUGUCGUAAGGAUUUGGCAAUAUCUCCUGAUAUUUCCUUCUUUCCUUAAGACGUUUUAGAACUUUUUCAAUGUCCGUAUUCUGUGCUUUGGUAGGGCCCUUGGUAAGAGGUUUAUAGGUUGAUCUGUCCUUCAAUAAUGAUAACAUCUUUUCGUUGUAGUCUGCUUUGUUAAAAAUCGCAGUUGAGCCUCCUUUGUCUACAGGAAGUAUGGCAAUGUUUUUGUCACUUGAAUGUUUUAGUGCCUUCUUUCCUUCGUGUUAUUUUGGCUAUUUAAGGCAUGUACAGUGCUUUUCCGGAUUGUGAAGCGUCCAUCAUCCGUAAGGUUUUCUGUUGAUAUUAUAGACUCCAAAUUUGCAAGGAAGUCUAAGUAUUUAAAAGCGGAUAGACUAUCUUUCAUUACCUUAGAAAGUACACUCUCUUCGGCUGUUGUAAGUCUUCUUGCUAACAGGUUCACCACGUUCGUCGAGCAAGUUUGGUUUGCAGGAAUUCGUUGAGUGAUGGCCAUCCACUUUUUGUUGAAGACACUUCUCUUGUUCUACCUUUCGAUGUUGAAAACACAGGCAGCCUUUUCCUGCUCCGGCUGACUACUGACCUUAACGCACCACCUGUUCAUUCAUAAGCUCACGCCUUCUCAGCCGGUGUCUGGAAUAUCCGAUCAUAUGAGAGCGGUGUCCACUAGUCGGGCCUACUCGUAGGACGGAGUACUGGCGCCGUGUUGUGCCCCAAUGCUCCGAUCUGGCCCACGCAGGGCUUGUACUUGCGAUCUUUUUGUUUCGCACAACCUUUCGGAGGGUCCGCUACAAAAGUGGGAAACAAUCCAGUUUCGAGGUCUUGAUUGAUGGUCGCCAUGUAGCCAGUGGUCUGUGGCCGGGAGGUAGGACAGCCGACCCUCAGACCAAAUUUCCAUGAUUUUUAGAAUGAAAAGCGACGGAAAUUCCUGCCGACCGACCGCAUAUUCUAACAAGCUCUCACUCACAUCAGGUGUUGUUACUGUUUAUAUUCACAUCGGUUCGAAGACAGCACAAGGAGUUAGAGCCAGAGUCAAGGACGAAGUCCAAUAAGCGGAUGAUGGAACUUUGCUCCGACCUCCGUUCCAUCACAAGACCGUUCUACCGUGUGCCAGCAGUAGCCUGUAAUGUGCUGUAAUACUGCACCGUCUCCAACGUCAAUCACUCCCCUGUGUGAUGUCAUGUGAGCUCAUUAGUUUGACUGUGCGAGCAGCUCUCGCCUCUGUGCUGUCAUAGGCACGAGUUUAUGCCGUCGGUGCGUCCACACAGUCGCUUCUGCCUGGCGUCUAAUGCACCGCGCGCGUCACGCCCCGCCCUGCGUACACAUGCGCACGGACUCCCGAUUCCUGUAGCCCUCUUCGUCUGCCACAGUCGGUCUGUGAUCCAGUCCUUUGCGAGUCGAUGUUUUUUUUUCUGAACGCCUGUCGAGUUUGUCAUGUUUUACUAAACAUUUUUGACUGCAACAGGACGGAGGCGCAGUGUUUCAAGUCAAGACCUGCGAACGAUGCCACUGCUGCUGCUGUUUUCUCGAUCGUAGGCACCAGGAAGUGUUCUACAGCAGGCGGGCGGAUGGGCGACACAGCUUCGCGACCCGAUGCACACCUGACUCAUUGGGAUGGCAUGUGGACACGUAGUUUGCCCAUGACUAAGCAGUGGAGUGAAAAAAUGCAUACGGUCACUAUUCAGAUACAUUCUCCUAAUGUCAUCGAAAUGCCUUUUUGCACAGUCAAAUUGCGAGAUUGCAUCGGUUCACCUCUGGCCAAAUCAGUAAUGCACGCUACCGGCCGCGAGUACGAGCAAAAGCGUAGUCAGUGGUGUUUUUCUUGAUUUUUAAUUGAGUUAUUUUUGUAGAUGCCACUGAUCUUUUGCACCCCAAAUUUCGUACGCGGUUAUUGAGAAAUCGCUUUUUUCCGGGCAUAUGAUUGAAUUGGAAUGUUUAUGAUCAACGCCAUAGUGAAAGGCCUGAAACACUACAUUAGCCGAAUGCGGCUAACUUGCGUCGUACUACGAAGACUCUAGCUACCACUUGUUUCAUAUGGGUGGUCGGAAUUAUGUGUGCCAGAUGUGGCGAUCAAUUUGUGUGGGUCUUGUCUUCAGUUAGCUCUCGCAUGUUUUCGCAUGUAGCACAGUGCUCCCCUAGGACUCAGUUACCUCGGUCAAACUAGAUAGGCAUUGUCCGAUCUGAUACGUCCUCUGUCGCAAGCGAUAAGGAUCACCAACUGUGGUAGGGGGCGCUCACCGAUCGUUCUUACGGAACUUAAUCGUUCCGUUGUGCCUUAUGGGCUCUCUCUCGAGCCCAACCAGCAGCCGUACAGCCGCGCAUGAUAUAGGCAGUAUGUUAUUACCGACAAAGACAAGGGAGACUGGAAUGGCCAUUUCUGGCUUAUUAGCCGUCGUCAGCCAGUCAUACCCAACUCCACACUUCGGGGUUGCGUAUGACUGGCUGACGACGGCUAUUAAGCCAGAAAUGGCCAUUCCAGUCUACCUUGUCUUUGUCGGUAAUAACAUAUCACCAAAUCUCCCGGAUAAACGCAGUGGUGACUUGCGCCGAAUUUCCUCCCACUUUCUUCUUACCAAGUGUUCUAAUCGUGAAUUAGGGUCAAGGCGACCGCAGGUGUGCUUGGACGUAACGACUAGAAAAGCCGUCCACCCCAUCUACACGCGUCACACGAUUUGUUACCUAACUUCACGUGUGCCGGGUUUCAAUGCGGCAGCCCCAGGUUUCAUGCAAGUUAAUACUCCACAGUAAAAAAAAAACUUUUUCAGCCUGACUGUGUGUCAUGUAGUGGGCCGAGUCACCCCACCGCCACACGCGUGCAGGGCAAUAGUCAGGGACGCUUGCGUAUCCAGUGCAGUCCGAAUAGCGCAUGCCAUUUGCCAACGUAGCCUCAUCUCUGGUCAGGCACAACAGCGGUUCAGUUCGUUUGGAAGCUAUUGACACGCUUAUCACCCGUCUUGACUCAGCGCCAGACCGACUAUAGCAAACCAACCGCCCUCGGUCAACUCUGCGUUUGGAAAGCGGCCUACAGAAUACUCGCACAGGCGACUCUCAAUUGUACCAGUAGACGUAUCCGCUCUGGUGUUACCAAGGCGCCUAAGCACUGCGUGUGAGGCGACGAUCAUCAAUCACUUCUCAAGGAGAAGAGAUCUUUGCGCCCUUUAUUGCAACUUCAAGUUGCCAAAUUUGUGUUGACUCUAAAAUUGUCAGGUUGUGCUUCGUAACCUUUUGUGUCAGAACCGUUACUAACACUUGAGGCCUUUAAAGCGUCCUGCAUGUAUGGGAAUUGACUUUUUGUGCCUUUGAGUGAAACUAUAAGCGACUCGUAGCCUUUUACCAUCCACAAGGAAGGCCCUUUGGACAUAGCUGUUGAGUUUCGGUUUGGCCUUCCCUCAUUCGAGCUCCAUUUCCGUGCCAAGGGUUUCAGGCAUUUAUGUCCAAGCUGACAGUGCUUGGUAAUCUCCGGAGCGUCACCGGAUCAUGACAUGGAUCAGGCAACAUCUACGUCGUUUAUUGACAUUUCUGAUCACAUUUGCCUGCAUUGCGAACUGCGCGCAAGUCUUUUACUUCAUAUACACAAUACUAAGUUUUUGGAAGUGCUUUCACCGAGACAGACGUGGUUUAAGCCCUGCCAUUUACUCUUGUUUUUCGUAGACUUCCUACUGCAGACGCCCUUCUCGAAGCCAGAGCCCGCGUCGGCCAUCAGCAGCUUCUCCCUCAAAACGGCCACCAUGUUGACAGGGGAACGCAGUGUUGUGGUUCUGCAGCAGCAACACCACACCCCGGCGCCUAUUGUUCCAGUGCGCCAACUGACCACUACCUCGCACAGCGGGGGUUCUAGGCUGCCGCUGGCCCAGUCCACCCCAAUGUCCACUGCGGGCUCUCGAUUGUGCCGCAGCGAUGGCUACUCGAAUGCGGGUGUUUCAUCGGUGAGUGUGGCUUUACGGAUUGUGUGCGUAUGCUAUGCCGUGCUUCAGCAAGCCAUGGCCUUCGCCGCCUGGUGUGCGCUGGCAGUUUUCCCGACUCCCUGCCGGUGGAUGCCGUUGCACUCCCGCUGAGUAUACAGGCUGGUACACAGGCCAUGGUUGCCCAGUGAAUUGCGUCAUCCCUCUCUCUCCCCCUCUGUGACCUGACUUAUGAGGCUGCCAGGUGACGGAUAGUUUGGACUUCGCAGUCAGCCCAGUAUCUGUGCUUAUGUGUGGAGUGGCCGACUGGUGGCCUGAGAGUCAGGCUGCAAUGACUCCUUCAUAAUGUGACUUUUAUGGUGUCUUGGUACGCCUAGGUGCGGUUCCCUCCCCGUUCCAUCCAUCUGCGCCCUCACUCGCCUCCGGUCUUCUUGACUAUAUCUUGACAUCGGGCCCAGGAGCGAGUGCGGUAGAUGCUGCGCAACUUCACUACCACUAUAAACUAAUUUACGCGCAAGUUACCUUGUCUGGUUCUCAGUCUGCUGUGCAGCACGCGGUGAACAUCGUCGGCCGCGACGGUCGGACUGUCACAGUCACUGUAUGCGUGUUUGCGUUCUCUCUUGCGGAAAGUUGUGACCCACAUUACAGCCCAUUGGAGGACGCCAAAUCUCCUCCACGUUGAGGAAGUACGGCUAUGGCGUGGCAGUCGAGAAGAGGAAAUUGCAAACCGUUCUACAUCUUGACAACAAGUGCCAGACGUGACAUCUCUCUGUGUUCACUAGUGCUCCAGUGGAACCUCGUCGUUUGCGUCCUCCGAUAUGCCUUUACUGGCUUCCAUAAAUAGCCUAUUUCAGCGCGCGCAGUUGGAAUUACUAAGUGCUCUUGUAAAUCUUUAAAAAAACCUUCUGUUCAUUGCGACAUUCUUAUUUGACGCUCAGGUCUUUCUCUGUCAACCAUCACACACACAUCCAGAGUGGUGUUGGCUUACCACUAGUACUUGGGGACGCCACAAUGCAACGUGCGCCGCUGUGUACCUGCUCGCACGCUGACAAGGAGCCUAGUGUUUUGGUAUUAGUCAAGCGCAUCUUCUGUCGCGUGCCCGAUUCUAUUUGACUCUUGCAACUGGCGACUGACUGCGCCAAUGUCGCUUCUGAACGGAAGGCGAGCGUAGUCAAAUAAGAACAGGUCAUCAAGGGCCUGAGGAACCGUCUCGCGAAGCUUCUUCUUGAAGUCUAGCUCCCGGCUAGGUCAGUGGAACACCAGUAGUCUCCCGAGAUGUACGGAAUAUCCGACGGUCAUUUUAGAGAAAGCCUGAAUUAAAGACACCCUGUGGGAUUUCAAAAACCACAAAUGUCACACAGAACCUUUGACAGGCGGGCCCUAAGACUGUGCUUUUGCAACCGUCUUACCGCUUACACGAUCCUAAGGGGGUAGAUUUAAUGAGUUCUUCGCACUUGUUGACGUUGAUAAUUAGCACUCUGCCUCCGAAUUAGACAACACAUAUCUCACCUCAGUUACUAUUUUCAACUUCUGAAGGAUUAUCCACACCUCAAACUCUUCCGCCUGGUCGUUGCCAUAGGCGAAGUCGUUAUUGCAGUCGUCUAUCCCUGUGACAGCCUCUCCGAUAGGAGGCGGGCGUAAAGAAACUUUAUUUCAUUCUUGAGGGGUUUCUCAGCGUUCACUUUUUGUGGUUCUCAAUGUGUUCCACAAACCUUUCGCUUAUAACCUACGAACAUUGUGGGGGAUGAGGUGUUCUUCCGGAAUGGCACAUUAUCAGUCCACACCGCUCUUGCCGAUGCUGUCGUGUUCAGGAAAUCAUCACGGAUGUAGGUACAUUCUCUGCUUGCUUGUACUAUUACACCAAAGACCUGACCCAUCUCACUCCUUAACUGCGGUUUUCUUCAGGGAGGGAGGAGAAGGAAUGUGCUAAUAAUCGUCACUGUCACUCUUUCCGUAGACGUAAUUCCUUGGAUUCCAAAAAGACGGUCAUUAUACAUUAACCUUCAAAGCACUGCUUCCUAACUCACACUCAGUCUUCCCUGUUAGAUGCUUAGAGCAUCACUGAACUUCAUGUAUACAUACAGUCAUUGACAGAUCUCACGAACUGUUAGCCGAGAUUCUGAACCACGUUUUCCGUUUGUAAGGAUUACUUAAGUGGGGUCGUAAUAUUGAUUAUCAUGCUGUUUAAUUCAUUUCUUUCCGCACUUGGUAGAAAAUUCACUUUUCACACUCAUUUAUAUUUUAUCGAAAACGCGUACAAAAAUAUUCAUCCUCUUACUCAUUUGAUGGUAAAUCACGUUAUCUUCACAUUUAACGUUAGAAGAGAGAGUAUAUUUGAGUUUUUAAAAAGCUUCUAACCCAAAUAAUUUUGAGCCAGAUCGGCCCGUUGCAUUAGCGUUUAGCGACUUCAGUCUACGAGGUGUAUACUUUCCGCGAAGAAGAAAUCAAUGCCGUUAAGAAGAUACUAUGCAGAGUUCAUAACAUUUUGCAUACUUCAUGAGGAGCUUUAAUAAACGGGCGCGUACGAUGCUUCAUGAAUGGACAUUGCAUUGUCUUAAAAAAUCACAAUUAAAAACUUUAAAACCGAAAGGUACUCUUUCAUCUAGUAUAAAAUUAGAAGAAAACGUAAUUUUUUUACCAAAUAUGUACAAAAAGGAAUAUUUUUGUCCAUGUUUUCUGUUAAUUAUAUCUUAAUUUAUAGGGGCAGUGGGAACCAGUGUGAAGAAUUAAUACUACUUAAGUAGUUAUUUUUGGCCCGGUGCGAUUCUCACAGGAGGUUGAAAAGAAGUUCAUGCAAAGGCCAGCAUCCUGGCGAGUCCGGAAUAUCAUAGGAUUAUGCCGUAUGGUAAUCAAUGCUACAACCCCACCUAAGUAACUCAUCCUAGUCAAAAACGCCUUUCAGAACUUCGACUAACAUUUCACGAGACCGAUCACUGGAUAUAUAUAUGCUACAGAUACUAUACCGUACUCCCGACGUAGAUACUAAAAGCCCAGGCACGUGUUUCGCCCACAUAUAUGUAUAUGAGAUAGUAACGACAGAAACAAAAAAGAUCUGGCUGGUCAUUUCUGGCUUAUUAGCCGUCAUCAGCCAGUCCUACCCAACCUCAAUUGUGGAUCACUGGAAAUUCGAACCCGAGAUCUUUGGUCAUGCAGUUGGACACUGCCAUUCCGGUCUCCCUUGUCUUUGUCGGUACCAUCUCAUUUACGUCUACUACUAGUCGCUGUGCGACUACCAGCGAGGGUUCUAGUAUGAGCCCCAAAGCACAACGGAACGAGCACGUUCCGUAAUCUGAUCGGUGGGCGCCCAUCUGUCAUAAUAUAUAUAUAUACUCACUCAGGAAUGGACGCAGACCGAUCUAUUGGCUUCCCGAAACAAGCAAGCUUUGUAUGGGCGAUAGGUGUCGCGAAUGGAUCGGUGUGCGCCUAUUCCUGCAGCGACAGAAUGACAGGUGGCGAGGCACUGACGAACUUCAGUUCAAUGAAGUGCUUAUGACCCAUCUGAUAGACCCCAGUGGUGGACCAGCUGCGCCAGGCGUGUGAGAGCAUGCUUGUGUUUCCGGUCCCAGCCGGUGGUCAGAGUUAUGAUUGCUCGAAUGAAGGUGAACAUGCCCGAAACAGUGCUGUACCAAUCUACCCCCAGACUCUGCCGUCUCCUCUCUGACAUAUACAGUAGAUGUGCUAACUCUUGAAAUGUCAACCAAAAUUUCGAAAUGCGUUCUCGUUUCGAAAAGAUAAAUUAAGUAGCGUUGUAAAACUAAUCAUGAUGCAGCAUAAAUCUAUAGUGAUCCAGUUACCUCAGGGUGUUGGCUUCCGAAAGAACUUAUUUUCCGCUGCAUGCAGGAUCUAUACUCUGCAAAAAAGGACUACUUAAGUUGCAUGCAAUUUUCUAAUUGAUUUUCGAUGCCCUUGAAAAUUCAAUUAUAUUUCAUGGAAGACAUGCAUAAAAAUAUUCAUUCUUUUACUUAUUCGGUAGAAAAUCACGUCUUCUUUCAAUUUCAUACUCAAAAGAAGAGUAUAAUUCGGUUGUAAAAAGUUCCUAAUUGUGAGAUUUUUUAAUUCCUUUAAAUGGCCGUUCAUGUAACGUCAUGUAUCUGCAUUUACGAAUGUGGCUUGUAAAGGUAACAAUAUUGCUCAAAUCCACUGCUUAAUUUUAUGAACCUCUUAUGGUCUCCUCUUAACAUCGUAGGGAAAUGCAUGGUUUUCCGUACACGGAAAAUAUACAGCUUGUAGUUUUGAAACCCUGAAUGCAAGUGUAACAGCAGGUCGGAUUCAAAAUUAUUCGGGAAUUCGAAAAGUUUUUUAAAACCGAAUUAUACUCUUCUUUUGAGUAUGAAAUUGGAAGAAGACGUGAUUUUCUAUCCAAUAAGUAAAAGAAUGAAUAUUUUUAUGCAUGUCUUCCAUGAAAUAUAAUUGAAUUUUCAAGGGCAUCGAAAAUCAAUGAGAAAAUUGCAUGCAACUUAAGUAGUCCUUUUUUGCAGAGUAUAGAUCCUGCAUGCAGCGUAAAAUAAGUUCUUUCGGAAGCCGACACCCUGAGGUAACUGGAUCAUUAUAGAUUUAUGCUGCAUCAUGAUUAGUUUUACAACGCUACUUAAUUUAUCUUUUCGAAACGAGAACGCAUUUCGAAAUUUUGGUUGACAUUUCAUGAGUUAGCACAUCUACUGUAUGUAUAUAUGCAUAUAUGGACGAACAUGUCUUGUAAUCCGAUUUAUGAACGCAAUCCCACCAUAGUUGAUAUUUCUGAUCACAACCGGCAGGACAACGGGCUCAUGGCUCAAUGGUAGGGCUUUUGACCCUAUGACUAAUGACUCCGGGUUCGAACGCAGGUACUUCAAGCCUGGGAUUGGGUAUGCCUGCUUACGACGGCAAAGAAGCCAUAAAUCACUAUUACAGUCUCCCUUGUCUUUGUCGGCACUCCUUUCAUCAUAUGUAAAUGUUUAGCCUUGUGUAGUCGUAGGUAACCGAGGUUAGAACCACCAGCUUCAGGCCCUGAUACCUUUAAACAACUCGGUGUACUCCAUGUAGUAAGUGUCCUGAAAGUUUUGGUGUGGCGUGAGUGUAUUUUUCCUAAUUACCAUAUUGCUUACAAGAGCUAAUAUAUUAAAGAUCGAGUAUUUGAACUAUUUUCGUCAUUGGGUAUUGUAGCCUGUGAUCAGACUUCGCAGGAAAAAAAUUGUACAAUAAGAAUAUCAGUUUGCCUGAAGAGCACAAAUCGAAGGAGCGAAUAAGUCGUAUGCUCUCCUCUCUUCGAUUUACUUUUGCGAAGUCACAUUUGUUUUAUCUAUAAUUUCGUUCACAUUCGUCCCGACUGAAAAUAUUGACUGCGAGCAUCGCAUCUCUUCCUAACGAUAGUGACUAUCCUAAUUGCCUGGCCUCUGUUUGGUAUAGCGCGAAUCCUCCUGGCAGCAGUAUGUCAAACAAUUCGCCAAACUUGGACCGUGCCCAAUCUGCGGAGACAAAAUCUCCGGCUAUCACUACGGCAUAUUUUGUUGUGAAUCUUGCAAGGGCUUUUUCAAACGUACUGUUCAGAAUGCAAAACGUUACGCCUGCCACAUGGCCACGCCCUCAUCGCUCUGCGAGAUCACGGCCGCCUCGAGGAAAAAGUGUCCGGCCUGUCGCUUCGUAAAGUGUUUGGAGAAGGGAAUGCGAAUGGAAGGUUAGUUUCGAUCUUCUGUGCUUCUACGACAAUACAUGUUACUUUCUUUUCUAAGUAAGCGUUAAUUUGGUGUUAAAAUCGUGCACCACUUUUUUAGCCAUUCGGUCUGACAGAACUCGUGGCGGACGCAGCAUGUAUCCCGGUUCCCGCUACCUGCGACAGCUUGCUGCCCGAGCCUCGGGCACACCGGGCGACAGGAAGCCGACAACUCUGGCAACUUUGGCCCCUUUGCCUUCCUCGGGUGCCCCCAGCGGCGAUUCUAUCAACAUGGGCGUAGGGAGCUCCUCCGCCUCCUCCCUCCAGAUGGUGCCAAUGACCCUCGGGCCCAAUGGUCUGCCAGCCUCCGAGGACGUCGGUGGCGGUGUCUACCUGGAUCCGGCCGUCCUGGACGAUUCUGUGCCCACCACCGUGUCGCAGGGACAGUCUGAAUUCUCGGACUACGACUACAAGCAUCUCAGUUUGAGCGGCAUCUUGCGUAAUCAACAGCACAACACUGCAGAUAUGCCUAAGGUUCGCGGCGUUAUUCAGUGUUUGUCUUCAAAUUCGCUCUUGUCCCAAACUUGUUAUUAAUAUACCUUUGCUACUCCUUUACUAGCUGUUGCGUGAAAUCCUUAAAGUGGAAGAGUCAGUUGAGGCCGAGCCGGAAGAGAGUUUGGACUUCGACUCUGCCGAAGAUGAGGCUACUGUUUAUCGCGCUCUGCUCAAUCUGGCCGACCAACGGCUCUACCGCAUCGUUCGCUGGUCACGUGCCCUCCCCGUGUUCACCAACCUUGAUACUGACGAUCAAAUCCUGCUCCUUCAGAACUGCUGGGCCGAUCUGCUUUGUUUGGACUGUUGCUGGAAGUCGUUACCUACGCCAACGGUGAGUCCCUCAACUUCUUAUCAACCGUCUGUAGUGAAGGGGCGUCUACUCAGUUUCUCGUUAUUUUCUUUAUUUGACAAAGACAACUACCACGAAACAAGUGCUUUGAUAGUAGGUUGGAAAUCCAACUGCUGCUUUUGAAGCGACAUAUCUCACGUAUACGUCGCUCUCCUCCUCCCAGAGAUCUGCCUGUCAUCCCUCAUCAGGACUUUGUAGUAUUUCUGCUUGAUUCUUCUUUGACAAUGAGCGGCAGGUCCAACUGCCCGAACUACUAGGAGCCUACUAAAUCUGUUCCGGAAAUGACUUUUUUGAAUGCUGUAAACGCGUAUGAGGAGCGUACCGGCUGUCAACGGCCAAGUCGGCUCGUUGGUGUUUCAGAGGGGAGGACAUAUCUAGUAGAGGACUCAGUAAACUUUUUUUAGUUUUCACAUGCUGCUUACAUCAGAGUCGAAAUGAAAAAUGUCGGACGCCCCUCGACGAUCACGAUUUCUUGGCCCUAGUCGGCCGGGCACAUCGCAGAGGAAAACAAACGUUCAUAUUCCUUCCUGCAAUCAGCCUGGAUUGGUGGACGUCACGUGGCCGUGAAUAAUCCUCCUCGUAGCCUGGACGUCGGGAGUCCGAGAUUCACGUUCAACUUUCAGAUCCUCCGGUCAUCACGUCACGGCACGGCUAAGUGGUGACAACGGACAAGUCAAAAGUAACUGUUGCAAUGUCCCCAGUCAUAGCCAACAAAGUUUACCCGUUUUAAUUGUCUGUUACUGUAUGACCCCUUGUGGGGCAUCAGAGCCGAAAUUGUAGGGCAAACCGGAAACCCCCUAUUUUUUCCUCUAAUCGAGCUAGAUCAGGGAGCGUCACUGUCUCGCAACUCCAAGGUAUUGCAGUCUUGCUUUUGCUGAAUGACCGUGUGGCUUUUCAAUCCAUCCGCCUUUUAUACCCGCAUGUUUAUCCUAGUGCGGUUAGGAAGGUAAUUUAACUCGUCGAAUUUGCCGCCCCUUUGACAUUAUCGCUUCAUCCUGCUAUUUUUAGGUCAUUUUAUUUCCUAUUCUGCAAGUCUUGCUUAUAUGGUUAUUGCGACUUGGCAUUUUAGGAAAUCCGACUGACCUCCAGCAAAUGCAUAAACCUGGACGUUGCGUGCGAGAAGGGUGCCAACGAUUUGGUGAGCAACCUCCUCCAACUGACUCAGGACCUCAAACGCCUUCGCCUCACCAUCGUCGAUUUUGCCUGCCUCAAGGUCAUUCUUCUGAUGCAGCCUGAUCUUGCCAACCUUAGGGCCGUGCGCCAGGUCAAACAGUUUCAGGAGUGCGUCAGUCGCAUGCUCAUGGAGCACACUGCCGCCACCUUACCAGAGGUGCCCAACAAAUUCGCCGAGCUUCUUGUUCGCAUCCCUGAACUGCAGCGGACCAGCUCACUGGCGCGCGAACUGCUGGUGGACAAGGACCUCAGUCCCUAUCUUUCAAGCAAUUCCCUCCUGAUGGAACUGUUACGCAGUGACUUCCAACGCCAGUCCUCUGUAGUUGAAGGCGGCGGCGUAGCCAGCCCUCCCGGUUCUCUACAUCAGCAUCACCACCAGACUGUCGUCCCGACUGCCCAAGGCGGUGGAGGAGAGGUCAUGUGCGUGGACCCGCAGACCCUCUCUUUGGAGAGCCUCCAGACGACGAACAACAAUGGUGUAGUGGUCACAUCUGCAGCCGCCUAUGCGCACCAUGAAGGGGUUGUGGAUGAACCCGUCUACCGGUCCGCCGAAGUGUCCGACCCUGCAGGCGGUCCACCUGAUCUUCACCAAGCCUACACAUCACCAACCGGAACGCAACCUGGCGAUAGGAGAGGUCACGUCUCCAACUCUGUCGGUGCAAUUUAA